CGCAAAUGCGGCGCAUCAUUGACGUGCAAAAUAGCCCUGCGUUACGUCAGACAGCAGCGCCUCAAACAUGGCAGACAAGAGUAGUCAAGGGGAGCCCAAACCCGAAGCCCAGUUUGCCAAGAGAAUUGACCCGACAAAAGAAGCCCUGACCAAAGAACAGCUGCAGUUCAUCCGGCAGGUGGAAAUGGCGCAGUGGAAGAAGAAAACAGACAAGCUCCGGGGCAGAAAUGUGGCGACAGGACUCGCUAUCGGCGCGGUGGUGCUCGGUAUCUAUGGCUACACAUUCUACUCGGUAUCCCAAGAAAAAAUCAUGGAUGAAAUAGAUGAAGAAGCAAAAGUGCGUGUACCGAAGACUGGAGCAAACUGAUGAUGCUCAGGAUUGUCCACACGGAGCGACUGACUGCACAUCCGUUCAGUCUGAGACUCUUGCCAAGGAUCGCUAUUAAAAAUGCAAUGCAGUGUGUGGAGUAUAUUAGCGGAGACAUGGAAACCGAAUGCCAUAAUGAUGAAGACUGCAGCGGUGUUUAUACUACUGCUGAUUUUACUGGAGUGCAAAUACACGCAUAAUCAGAAUGAGAGUAAUUUAAACAAUAGCCAUCCUUUGUUUUUUCUGUAUAUUUGUCUUUUUUUUAUGAACACAAUAAAUGUGUGCUAUAAGUUAAAUGUUUAGUUUUGCUUUGAUCAGUUCCUCGCUCAACCGGUCCCCUCUUGGAUUUUUCUGUUAAAUGAAAUCUGAUUAUUAAAAUGACAUUGUGGUGAUUUUUGAUGAAUA